AUGUGUAGGGGUUGUCCCCCUAUCAUUCUUGGCGGUCUUACCUUAUCCUAUCCUCGCAACGUCAGGGGAUUGCCUCCUCGGUUGCUGAGCCCUGGAUGUGUAGGGGUUGUCCCCCUAUCAUUCUUGGCGGUCUUAUCCUAUCCUCGCAACGUCAGGGGAUUGCCUCCUCGAUUUCUGAGCCCUGGAUGUGUAGGGGUUGUCCCCCUAUCAUUCUUGGCGGUCUUACCUUAUCCUAUCCUCGCAAUGUCAGGGGAUUGCCUCCUCGGUUGCUGA